AUGGCGAUAAAGCUGAAAUCGAAAUGGAGAAGUAAAUCAAUUGGACAAUCACGUGAUGGAAGAUUAAGAGUUGCUGCUGGUGGAGAAGUUAUGAGUUCAGUGUGCUUGAGAUUGUGUGCUGUGGUGGAUGAAGAUUGGUCUGCUACUGGUGAUGUUGUUGGUGGUGCAAAACAAAGGUCUGAGCUUGUGGCUGCAGUGAGGGUGAUACUGAGAUUGAAAGAAGGCAGGUUUAGUCCUUCUUGUUAUCCAUGUCAUCUCAUCAUGGAUAUUAUUCAAGAUUUGGGGUUGAGCAGUUGGCUCAUGGAAAACGUUCUUCCAGUUGAAAUUAUAAAAGACAUACUAUCAAGACUGCCCGUGGAAUGCAUCUUGCAAUGGAAACAAGUGUGUAAAACUUGGCGAAAUCUCCCACUUCUGGAUGAUUCUCACUUUGCUCGUUCACAAUUAGAUCGACAGCCAAAACUACUUCUCCACGACCAUGACAACAGCAGUAAAGAGGGUGGUCCUGAUGAUCAUCGGUUUAAACAAUAUUUCUGUCACAAAGUCUCUUCUAACUGCGAAACCAGACAUAUUAAGGUAUACACUUUGGGCGUUGAUAGUGACUGGAGAUACAAAGAACAGCUCUGCGACCAUUAUUUAGCGCGUCCUGAAAGUGACCGUUAUAUCUCAACUGGAGUUCUCGUAGAUGGAUCUCUUCAUUGGUUGAAUUACUAUGAUUGGAAGAUAUUGGCUUUUGAUUUAGCUGAGGAGGUGUUUUAUGAGGAAGACAACAACAGAAAAAAAUGGCAGCAGUGCUUACACAGUGAGUGGUAAGCACGAUAAUAAAAAAAAUUGGCGGCCUAAUAGGACAUGGGUUAAAGAGUUCAGUUUAGGAGCUCCUCCUGGUUCAGGCUGGGCAGAGAAU